CACACACAGUAACUACAGCAGACUGAUGAGUGACAGAGCUUCACAGUAGCAGUGAACGCUGCACUGGAGAGGAGGGGUGACAGGGAGCUGUCUACUGUACGCUACAGUAAUGAGAUUAUUCAACUCCUAAACCUUCUUCUAAAUAGUAGUAGUUGCGCUAUUUCUCGCACGCCGCACCACAUGUGCUCGCGUGUGCGCGGUCGUGGACUCGUCUGCUCACCCGUUCUGCUCGAAUACAGCCAAGAAAAGCGCAGCAUUUGAUGACAUUAUUUUUGGAAAGAAACUGCUUGUUGGAACCUCUCUCACCCUUUGCGCACAUGACUUUUCUGAAGGAACGGAGGUGGACGGAGGUUACAUUUGUUGUCGUUUGCGACUUUUAGGGCUGAACUUUUAUUCACCGUGGUUGAGCGAAACAGACUCCGCGAGCCAUGGAGAACCACACCGAUCUGCAGAACAGCACCGAGGACGUACGUAAAAGCGGGUAUCUCCGCAAGCAGAAAUCCAUGCACCGGCGGUACUUCGUGUUACGGACGGCUUCAGAGCGCGGCCCGGCCCGACUCGAAUACUACGAGAGUGAGAAGAAAUUUCGUGGUAAAGCGCCCGUGCCCAAAAGGGCUCUGGCGCUGGAGACGUGCUUCAACAUCAACAAACGGGCCGAUUCGAAGAAUAAAUACAUGAUAGUGCUCUACACACGGGCUGAGAGUUUCGUGGUGGCGGCGGAGAACGAGGCGGACCAGGAGGAAUGGUACCAGGCGAUGGUGGAACUUCAAUGCAAGAGUAAAGCACUCUGUGACAGUGCUAAUGGGGGAGACUAUGGAGUACCAUCCCCUGGUCCUGCCUUCAAGGAGGUCUGGCAAGUAAAGGUUUGGCCUAAAGGUCUUGGCCAAGCCAAGAACCUGGUUGGCAUCUACCGGCUCUGUCUGACUGAAAAGACAGUCAACUUUGUCAAGCUGAACUCUGAUGCAGCUGCUAUCGUGCUGCAGCUGAUGAAUGUGAGGCGUUGUGGUCAUUCUGAAAACUUCUUCUUCGUGGAGGUGGGCCGCUCUGCAGUAACUGGCCCUGGAGAGUUUUGGAUGCAAGUGGAAGAUUCUGUGGUAGCACAGAAUAUGCAUGAGACUCUGCUGGAAGCCAUGAAGGCCUUGAGUGAGGAGUUUCGCCAACGUAGCAAGUCACAGUCAGCUGCUGCAGGAGUGGGAGGUGGCACCACUGCAUCAAAUCCCAUUAGUGUUCCAUCUAGACGACAUCACCCCAAUCCUCCACCCAGCCAGGUUGGAUUCACAAGACGUCCACGGACCGAACCACCAGGGACAACUGGAGGAUGUAAUAAUACUUCUCCAACUUCUCGCCACAGCUUCCCCCGAACUCGAACAUCCAGUGAUGGUGGAAAAGUUGAUGAUGGAGGUGGUGCAACAACUGGAGGGAUUGCAUCAUGCGCAAGUCCCACGACCAAUGGGUCAUGUUCCAAUACCCCUAUAUUGAGAUCAACAUCUGUUCGUGCUCCAACCCCAGUCAAGGCACAGCAUGCACUAAUGAGAUCCACCUCAACCCCAGCUCCUUCAGCUGCACCAAGCCUGCCUUCCGGGUCAGGACAUGGAUCUGAAUUUUGUGCAAUUGGAACCGGGACGAACAGCAGUGUUGGGAGUGGUAAUGGUAGCGUGUACAGUCGAAUACCUCUCCGACAGCCCUCUGUUUCUGGUUCUCUUAGCGACUAUGGCUCCUCGGAUGAAUACGGCUCCAGCCCUGGUGAGCACUCUCUGCUAACCCCAACAAUGCAGGCAGGGUCUGCAGGUAGCUCAGGUGGGCAUUCUCUUGGGGAUGAAGCAUCCAACUACAUCCUUAUGAAUCAGAGAGGAGCUUCCAAAACUCAGUCAAGCCAAAAUGCAUUGCCACAGACCAGGAGGGUUCUGAGGCGCUCUUCUAGCAGAGAAUGUGAAGCGGAGCGAAGACUAAUGAGCAAGCGGGCCUCCCUCCCACCCAUGGCCUUAGAGAGACUUGCACCACUCCGUCGAAAUGGGGAAGAAGCAGCUGAAGAGGAUGACUAUGCAAUUAUGACUCACACCAGCAGCCGAGAAUCCUUUGAAUCAAGGCAGGAUUCUGGAGCAACAGCAAGUGAAACAGGAUACUUGGAGGUAGCUGCAGAGGUUAAAGGUGAUGCUGGUAGCAGUGAAACGAGUGUCCCUGCUGUCAUUGGAAGAGCUAAUGGAGCAGUAGAUAAUGGCUACAUGUCCAUGUUACCAGGAGUUACAGCUCCCCCAGUAUCUCUUUCUCAUUCCCUCUCAGUAACAGUUUCAGAUCAAGACUCAAAAUCUGCAGAUGACUACAUGGCCAUGACCCCCAAUAACAGCAUUUCACCCCCGCGGCAGAUCCGUCCACCACCUUCUGGUACAGAUGGCUACAUGAUGAUGUCUCCCAAUAGUAGCUGUUCACCAGACCAAAGAGGGGUCCCUACUGCCUGGGUUGGCAGUAGCAGUGCUGACAGCCGAACUGGCAGUGACUACAUGAAUAUGUCACCUAUAAGUGCCCGCUCUGCCAAUAGUACCCCACCACCACCAGAGCCACACACUCCAUCUGACCAGCAUCCUCAGCAGCCUCCACCCAAGAUGGUAUAUUCUUAUUAUUCUCUACCCCGCUCAUAUAAACAUAAUACUUCAACACACUUUGAGGAAGAACCAGGAAGAGGGAAGCAUUUGGUUAAUGGUGGUAGAGGUCUGGGUGGAGGUAGGGGGCUUAGUAAUAGCAAGUCCAAGCAUCAGGAUCCCCUUGUUGGCCGACAUCUGUCCCUUUCAUCGUCCUCAUACUCCUCCAGUUCUGCAAGCAGUGAGAGCCUAGGUGAAGGUGAAGAAAAGGCCAUCAAAGUGACAGGAGGAGCAGCAGGUGCUACUGCAAAGGACAUUGAGCCCAAAUCCUUGCAGCAAAGACAAGGGUCUGGAAGGGUAAAACAAGGGCAUCCUGGUCAGAGGGGCCGACCUCUUAGCCUGUUUGUGGAUGUCUCUAAAGCCAACACUUUACCCAGAGUCCGUGAGACACCCCUUCCUCCUGAGCCUAAGAGCCCUGGGGAGUAUGUCAGCAUUGAGUUUAAGGGUGAGAGGAACCAAAAGGCAGGAGGUGAUGGAACCAGAGGAUUUCGGCAAGAUGCUUCUCUUCCACCCAGUGCCCACCACCACUUACCCAGGCCUAUCUCUUGUGUUGCUGGGUUUAUGCCCUUCUCACAUAGCUCCUCCAACCCCAUCUCUCCAUCAACUGCUUCUGAGUAUGUCAAUAUGGUGCUAGGUGUCUCACCAUCCCCCUCACCUAUCUCCCUCACACCACUUGGGUUUCCCCCAUUCCCUACCCCUCCUGUCACGCCUGCAGCAGCCCCUAAAGCUCACGAUGAGCAAAGAUCAUCAGUUCUAAAUGAGGAUGAUGCAGAGAGUGAGAUGGAACAAAGAAAAAGCAGGCAGGUUUCAGUACCACAGCCAGGAGACCCGCCCACAGCCUGCGGUGACUACACAAAGAUGGCCUUUAGCAUGAACUCGGGCAGCACGUUAAGUUCAACAUCACCAAAAGCCUCUUUGCCAGACCAGCCUGAGUCAGCAGUUCCAGCCCUGGGUUUGGGACUGGGACUAGACUUUCCACUUGCCAAAGUCCCAAACCCAGAUCACGGGGCUAAAGUAAUCCGAGCAGAUCCACAGGGUCGUCGACGCCAUUGCUCUGAAACGUUUCAAGCUCCUUCCUCACUUCUACCUUGCUCUGCAACAUCCUCUUCCUCUACAUUCCCUGAUCAUGCUCAAGUUAUGGGCCGUCGGCUUGGUUUUGAGGGUAUGCUUUGGGGGAACAGUGGCUCAGCAGACAUCUCGUCUCAAUAUCUCAACCCUGGACUACCCAGUCUAUCUGUUUCACAGACAUCAUCCAUGGAACAGGGACUCAAUUACAUAGACUUGGACCUGGCUAACAAGGAAGGUACCCAUGCUGCCACAGAUGGGCAAGCAGCUGUUCACACACCUGCUGCCCGUAUCUUUUCCUCUGUGCUGGGUGGAGGAGCAGCAGGGAGCUCCGUAGGAGCUGGAGGUUCAGGCGGAAGUGCUUCAAACCUCAACAUGUACGCUAGCAUUGACUUUUACAAGUCAGAGGAGCUACGGACUCACCAAGGUAGCAGCAGCAGCAAAGAUGGUACAGAAGAAAGUCAUCCAGGUGUGGAGUAACAUGGGGAAUGUUGAUGCCUCAGCAACGUGGAAUUCUGGGAAACUGAAUGCCUGCGCUCUCCCGUGCACCUGAAUGAACCUGCCAGAGCAGAAAUAGAAGAGAGUAAGGUGUGUGCCCAGCCAACUUCGCAAGCACUUUCUAAAGACUAUUCCGCAAUGAUUGGUUGCUGCAAUCAAAGGGAACAAGUGCCAAGCAAGACAAGCAACAAUCUGUGCUGUCCGGACUCUCAACAGACACGCACAAUAACCAAUCAGAGAGGAAAAAGAAGACAAUGGAGCCAAUGACAAUGACCUUUGACCUUCAACAGAAGCUUGAACAGCCUGUGUACAGUAUUCACAAAAACGAUUCAGUGACUCACAAUUGUUGAACAUAUUAUAUAUACACAAAAAGUGCCUCGUUUUCAAUUGUAGCUUUCUAAAUAUAGACUUUCAAUUGUUCAGGCAUUGACUAAUGUGCUUGAAGAGAAAGGUUGCUAUUCUUUUACAUUGUAAAAGCUGAACUAAUACAGAAGGUAAAAUUGACUGGAAAAGAUGGUCUUACGGCAAGACAUCAACAACAGUGAUGGCACUGCUUUUGGUGAUAAUGAUGAAGUAAUUAUGAAUCUCAUCAUGGUGUUCAGCUAACCUAGCAUCACCGAUGUGUUGAUUGACUAGUUCAUCACCCUCCCUGUUCCUUGUUUGUUUCUCCACCCUCUUUGCCCCCAUGCAUUAGUACUUAAGUGCCUGUCUCUUUUCUGCCUCUCUUUUUUCUGCUCUCUUCACAGUAGCGUCCUGAAAGGAACCUGUAACAGACAUUUGGCUCAGUGACACUAAGUGUCUAUUUUUACUCUAAGGGUGGGGUGCUUCUGUGAUGGUGUCCUGCGGUAGCUUACCUCGACUGGCACGCAAGGAUGCUAGCUGACCCAAUCCACACUGGGCUAUACCAAUGAUAGUCCAGAACAGGGGUGUUUAAAGGAUUUAAUUUGGAAAUCGUUCUCACAAACUGUAUCUCAGUGACACCCUUUGCUGGCCAACAGUGGUAAAAUAAAAACAGGAGUAUUAAAAACAUAAUUCUCUCCUA